AUGGCUACCAUCAACACCCCCGUGAGCCUCCCUGAGGUAACGGAACAAGCUGGGAACUACACAUACAAUGCGCACAUUCCGUUGGCCAACUGGCUGCGCACAGCCAGUACUAUGCAGAAAGAGGCCCAAGUCUACGAAGCAGAAGGCAACGACGCGCAAACCUAUCUCCUCCUGUAUCGACACGCCGAUCUCGUCCUUCAGAAGUUACAAGGCCACCCGGACAGAAAUAAACCCGAAAAUCGGAAAGCGCUGAAUGCUGCAACGGCAGCCGUCAGUCGGGACCUGAAGAAGCUCGAGGAAAUAGCGCCGCGCAUCAAGAAGAGGCACGAGGAACAUGAAGAAAGGAGACGGAGACAAAAGGAGGCCCUGAGAUCCUUGGAAGGAAAUGGCGUUAGGACUCUUCCGCAGGAGUUGGAUGGGCUGGCGAUUCAAGACCGAGGGUCGAAGAGAAGGUCAUUCGAUUCUCGACCCACAAUCGAUGCACGCUCUCUGGAAAACCAAUCACUGGCAGCCAGACUAGCGCAGAGGGAGGUGCGGAGGAGAGAUACCAUUAGAAGAGGUGUGCAACAGCAUGGUUUGUCGAAAGAGGAGGAACAGACACGCCAUAGUGAAGGCACAUGGGACAGCUGGCAGAACGAGCUGGGACAGCAAGGGGGCGAUGGAGACGAUAUUUCAAACCAACUACAAGAAGUCGCAAGGCUUCAACAGAAUGGUCACAGGACAUCGUAUUCCUUGCGUCCUGCGUCCCAGUCCGCGUCUCCGUAUCACUACCCUACUGUCCCAUACAAGACUGCCCAAGAUAGAUGGUCUGAUUCUCAGUCGCGCGGCACAGCGCCUGCGCGACCUCCAAAGGAGCAGAUAUACAGACAAUCCGGAACACCCUCAGCGCCACCACCGUUGCCGCCUAAAUCUCUAGCCUCCACAUAUGAUGCCCGGUUCGACCGCUCGCGGCCACCACCUGUCCCAGGCAAGAUAUCGGAAAGCGCGCCACCUCUACCAAGCAAGAUACCCGACCAAAGACCGUUGACUCCUUCCACCGAACUCGACGAGUUCACAUUUAAGCCUUCUGCGUUUCUCGAGAAUGGCGACCCCCUUCGUCCCGUUUUCCUCCCAUCCCAACUUCGCAAUCAGUUCCUCGCCGUCGCAUCUUCUAACACACGUCUCAACCUCGAAACAUGUGGUAUGUUGGGUGGAAUAUUGAAGUCCAAUGCCCUCUUCAUCACACGGCUCAUCAUCCCCGAACAAACUAGCACGAGCGACACCUGCGAAACGUUGAACGAAGAGGAGUUAUUCGAUUACUGCGACAAAGAGGAGUUGAUGGUCCUUGGCUGGAUUCAUACACAUCCAACGCAGACCUGCUUUAUGAGCAGCAGAGACUUACACACACACGUCGGAUAUCAGGUCAUGAUGCCAGAGAGCAUCGCAAUCGUUUGCGCACCGACAAAACAGCCUAGCUGGGGUUGUUUCCGCCUCACCGAUCCCCCGGGCAAACAAGCCAUUCUCAACUGUAGUCGACCUGGCAUCUUUCAUCCUCAUGACGUAGACAACAUCUACACGGAAGCGCUGAAGCCAGGUCAUGUAGUCGAACUGACCGACGCACCGUUGGAGAUUGUGGACAUGAGGCCUAAGAAGAAUUUCUAA